AAACCCAACGCGCCACAAUUCCAUUCCACGCCCACUUUUCUUCACACGCUAACGCCGCCGUAAACCAAACGCUUCCCUCUCGCACCACCGUCACCGGCGGCCGGACAAAACGAUCUACCACCAUGGCUAUGGCUUUCAAGAUGGCGACGACGGGGAUGUGGGUGGCGGAUGAAUGUAAGAAUUCGUUCAUGGAGAUGAAAUGGAAGAAGGUUCAUCGGUAUAUAGUGUUUAAGAUCGACGAGAAAUCGAAGCUGGUGACCGUCGAUAAAGUUGGUGACGCCGGAGAAGGGUACUCCGAUCUCACCGCCUCCCUCCCGGACGACGACUGUCGUUACGCCGUCUUUGAUUUUGAUUUCGUCACCGUCGAUAAUUGCCGGAAAAGCAAGAUUUUCUUUAUUGCAUGGGCUCCAAGUGCAUCAAAAAUAAGAGCAAAAAUGUUGUAUGCAACAUCCAAGGAUGGAUUAAGAAGGGUUUUGGAUGGGAUUCACUAUGAAGUCCAAGCAACUGAGCCAAGUGAGAUGGGGUUUGAUAUCAUUCAAGAUAGAGCCAAAUAAUGUGAAAACAUCAUACCCCACCCCUACCCACCAACCUACUCACCCAACAUUAUAUACAUAGUCUAAUAAUCACCCACCCACUUAUAUCAUCAUGUUUUUUUUUGGCAUCUUUCAUAGGGGUACAAGUCUCUUUUUAUGAUUAAGUUUGAAACAAUUGUGUUAUAAUGACUUAUAUUACAGUAAAAGAUACAGUUUCAUAUCGUAUUCGAUCAUUUUGAUGAUGUAACCUAAUGUAACUGAUUUUCUUAUGUUGAUUUCAAGAGAAAAGGGGUUUUCUUCGGAUU